CGCAUCUUCAUUCACGUGGGCGUUGAAGCUGAAGGGUGAACGGGUGACGUACAAGUCAGAGACAAUCUACGAAAUAGCAAUAUACGGUAACAUCACAUUCAUUUACCAAUCAUAUAUGCUAUAGUCUUACAACGAACAUCAGUAUUGCAAACUGUGCAUCAGAAGAAGUUAUAUUUGCUGGAGAACACAAUAAUCUAAAUUCAGAAUGUCAGUCAACCAGAGGAACUUCCCAACAGCAUCUUUCAUUGACCAGUGGGCAAUGCGGAAUGACAACUGAGAAAACCUGUACACUUGAGUAUAAUGGAGGUGAGGUGGAGGAUACUACUUGGUCGCAAUUGCUUUGAUGGUAGAGGAUCAUCCAAAACAAACAAUAACUGUUGAUGGAAGCACCAUUACAACAUCAAAUGUGCUCAGUAAAAUUCCUCUACAAUUUAUCAUUGAUAUAUCAUCGGCGGCGUCUUGCAACAUAAACCCAACGUAUCCACCAUAUUCUAUUCAAGACGGAGAAACUUUCGUAAUAUCUGAUACCGAAACGUUCAACGAGACCCUCUAUGCGUACCCAAGCGGUUCUGGAGGAAGCAUAACACAGUUUGUUGUCAUUGGGCCUCUGGGGUUGCACCAGUCCGAGAUAACUGAUCAUGGAAACGAUCUUUUUUCGUCGAACAUGAUUUGGGAUGCAACAUCCGAUCAAUCAGGCGAUCACACAGUUUGCUACUACGCAGUGGAUUCUAAAGGGCUACAUUCUGAACAAAGAUGUUUCACUAUAACUGUAACUGUAAAUAUUGAUCCAUGCGAUGUCGACUAUGGUGGGUGCAGUGACACUUGCAUAACUGAUACCAACUCGCACAGCUGCUUAUGCGAUUUAAAUUGUUGGUCAAUACACGACAAUGACAGAACUUGUCUUCCCUUCUCGACGGUUGAAUGUGACGGUCUUACAACGAACAUCAGUAUUGCAAACUGUGCAUCAGAAGAAGUUAUAUUUGCUGGAGAACACAAUAAUCUAAGUUCAGAAUGUCAGUCAACCAGAGGAACUUCCCAACAGCAUCUUUCAUUGACCAGUGGGCAAUGCGGAAUGACAACUGAGUCCAGUGCCGCUGGCAUCCAAUAUGCAACCGUCAUUUUUGUCUACAAAGAAGAUACUGCUGGAUCCAGCUCUGUCAUAACGAGAGGUGAAUGGGUACAGAUAUCAGUUGUUUGUACUUUACCAGCAUCAUCAAAUUUAACCGGAUCUUUUGUACCUGAAGUUCCGAUUACUGGUGAUAAUGUACAAAAUGAGGUUUCUAUUGAAGGAAUGGGAACAUUUGUGUUUUCGUUUGAUAUUUACCGUACAGAAAGUUUCACGACAGCUUAUAGUCCAGCCGAAUACCCAGUAGAAGUUUCUAUCGAUGAUGACAUAUACUUUGCACUUCAAGCGGUUGGGCGGGGCGAUUUGACUUUGUUCACAGAAGAAUGCGUAGCGUUGUCAACCGAGACGAUAACUCCAACAACUUUAGAAUAUCCCUUUAUAUCAGCUGGAUGUCUCGAGGAUCCUACGAUAGAAAAAUAUUCAUCAGAUAAUCCUCUUGAAAACAGAUUCAGCAUACAAGCGUUUCAAUUUGCAGACACACUACUUGCUUCGAAGGAAGAUGCAGCAGUUUAUAUACAGUGUUCUGUACUUCUGUGUGAUUUAUCAAAUACUACGAGAUGUUAUCAAGGAUGCGUAUCUUCAACAUUCAGAGACAAAAGAUCAAUUCUACAGCACGAUUCUAUUGUUAGAGCUAACUUAGCAAAGAACGAUAGUGAUAACCAAGAUGUCGAGGAUGACGACGACGAUGAGAUUCCUCUCACCACCAAAGAAUCUUCUCCGCAAACCAUUUCAAACGCGCUGGUUUUGAUAUUUGAUGAUGAUGGUGGUAAUGAUAACGACGGCGGAAACGGAAGUAAAAGAAAAGCAGUCACAACGGCGUGGAUCGCAUUUUUGCUCGGAGUUAUUAUUUUCCACCGAUUGGAGUAAUUAAUAUUAUAAUUAUAUCGUAUUGAGCACAUAAUUUACGUAGUUAUUGUGGCAUUUAAAACCAAUCAAAUUCGGUAAUUUUAGUCGCAAUAAAAUACCUGAAACAGACUGGCUGAUAUAUUUUAAGUUAUUCAUCUUUGGUGUGUUUUGGGCUGAUUAAAGGUAACUUGCGUCUCCCCAACACUGUAUAAUUCCGUUCCGGGGGCAAAUAUUUGGGCUUCUCCUAAUGGCCCCGAAGAGAGUAUUGUGACAACCAUAAUCCUGGUCAGUGGACACUGUUAAAGAUGAUUUCAUAUCAGUAAAUUUCCAAUAGCAACUGAACUGAAUACACUUGUCCAUUUCAGCUCAUUACUUUCGUAUCAUUGAUGUGGGGUGGACCAAAUUUGUAUUUUUAAUCAAUGUUGUAGGCAUAAUAUGGGUGUGUAUAAUUUUUGACGUUUUAUUUCUCCCAAUUCACAGCUGAUAUAGGUCUCUGUCUUGAGAAAGUACUGCAUUUUCUAGAAUAUAUAGUUGGCUAGAAUCAUAUCAGCGAGUUUGAAUAUAAUAAAGAACUUCGCAACAAUUCUUUUGAACUAUAGGAAGAGCGUUCUAAGUUACCACAACGUCAGCAAAAAUGUGCUGUCACUGAUGGUUAUUUCAUUCACGUCAGCACGUCCACAUUACUGAUUAA